CUUUUUUCUUACCUGCUGAGAUGCGGAAACUGUAAAGUUCCGGGAGUUAGCGCUGUGUGUUCCCCAGCGCAGAGUGGUUGAGUGGGCAAAUACCCUGGCACAGCCAUGUACCGUAGGUGGUUACUAGGGGCUUUGUGGCUAGCAAGUUUCACCUGUUCUACUCAUGGUCUCCGUGUCAUCGACUACCCGGAGUUCAACUGCUCUCAGACCGGAAUACAGUGCUCCACUUCUAAAUCUUUCUGCAUUGAUAGAAGCUGGCUUUAUCCCGAGACUUGGACACCAUCCUCUCCCUCAGCGAUUGAUGUCCGUGUGAGUGUGGCACAGAAUGAAGCAGGCCGCUCUGUACCAAUUUUAAAAAUCAAAUGGACGGUGGCAAAGGAUGCCAGUAUUCUGCAACUGCAAGGGGUAGAAGUGUCCAUUCUACAAUUGAGCAAUAAUUAUGGACUCUGUGUUCAAUUUCAAUUUGGUAAUACGUUCCCAGACCAAGUCAACAAAGACCAAAAAGAGUGGCAGUUCUUCUACAACAACUUUGAGGUAGAACCUGGCCAGACAUACCAUGUCAGAGUUCAGCACCUGCCCAUGCAUAAAUAUGAAGCUGAGAACAGGAAAGAAUUGAAUAUCAGUGUCCCAGGGUGUAGUGACCGUGUGAUGAGUUCAACUGAUUCUUGCUGUGACACAGGAUAUUGCUGGCAACCUAAUAUCUCUUUGGAACAAGAUGCAAAUAAACUGAUGGUGAAUUUUGAUCCUCAAACUGAUGCCUGUCGAUACUUAAUAAUAGUAAACAACCAUGGCACAAGAUCAUAUAAACCAGUUACCACUGUCACUCUCCAGCAGGAAGAGUGUUCUCGGCGGGUGAAUGUCUCAUUCCCAUUAAUACCAUCAAGUCCGAUCUGCUGGUACAAUGUGCAGAUUCAGCCAAGUAAUCCAAAAUGUGAAAAUGACUGUAAACGAUACAUAUUCACUCCAGAAUGUACACCUGAACCCACUUCUUAUCUAGCUGUGUCACACAAGCGGAUACACCUGUGUCCCAUUGCUGUCUGUAUCCCAGUGCUACUUGUUAUUUUACUAGCAAUUCCAUGUCUCUCUAAAGAAUCUAAUAGUGAUCCAGCUCCUCCCAUAGUUGAUGAUGAUGUUGCUAUGCAGAAGGUUUGGUUGGUAUACUCUGCUGAUCAUUCACUAUAUGUAGAUGUAGUGAUGAAGCUGGCAGUCUUUCUCCGAGGGGCAUGGGGCCUGGAUGUAGUAUUGGACCUACUGCAUCAAAAUGAGAUUGCUGAAAUAGGGUUAAUGACCUGGCUGAGCCGACAGAAGUCCACAGUGGAAUCUUUGAAUGGGACAGUACUGGUCCUCUGUUCUAGGGGCACACAAGAAAAAUGGAAAGCUAAGCUGAUCCCAGAUGGCCCGCAAGUGAGGCUUAGGGAGGAAAGGGUUAACUGUUUAGGUGACUGCUUCUCGCCUGCACUCAAUUUUAUUAUACCUGAUAUACAGAAUGGGCUGUAUGAUCGUUACAUAGUGGCAUACUUUGGUGAUCUGAACGAUCACACUGAUAUCCCAUCCUUAUUCCUAAUGUGCCCAAAGUAUAAUUUGACACGAGACCUGCAGGAAGUGUUCUUCCGAAUUCAGAAAAAGGAGCGGCACCAGCCUACCAUUUCAUUCUCAGUAACACAAGAAGGGGCCCCUGGUUAUGACAAUUUGAAAGAGGCGGUUAGGAGGUGCCAGGCCUGGCAAAAGGAGCGUGUGGACUGGUUCAAAAACGAAAGUUCGGUGGAAAUAACGGAGUUUACAGAAAGGUCUUUUGAGCCAGAGAUUACUGUCUCCCCAGAACCUGGUAUAUCAAUUUUGAGUCCCAUCAUUACCGAUCCAGCUUGUGCCACUGUAAAAAUGUCUCCUGUAAUAUUGGAUGCGCCUCCAAUACACCACUUAAUAACUGACUUAAUUGAUGAUGGUUCAACGAUUAAAUUCCAGUGUCCUCAAAUGGUUUCAGAUAAGCCAAGAGAGUUCUUUAAAAAAGAACCUUGUUUAGUGGAGAGAGGCAAUGCUCUAGUAAUACAAAGUGAACUAAGCAUCGACUCUCAGCCUGAUCAGGGCUACCAAUCGUGGAUCACAGACAGUCCUAUGAUUGAUGCACAAUCACUUGAUUUUCUUUCAGCUGCACAAGCAAGACUUUUCCAGCAGUCACAAGGAGACUAUCUUGAGGCCUGUGAGCCACAAUUGAACAUGGAAUUAGCUGUUGUAGCUGGCAAGGUGGCUCCUCUGCAUGAAUCAGGCUACUUAUCAUUUGAUAGAGAGCUGGACAUGGACUUUGUGAGAGAUGAGCAGCUAAAAUUGUUUAAUCACAGUGGAGGCUGGAUUUGUCAACAAUGAGUUUGGCAGAAUGCAAGGGGAACCCCCCACACACCAAUUGUGUUCAUUGAAAAAAAAAAAAACUUUUUAUAAAGUACCACUUGUAUAUAAUGUAGUAAGUCAUGUAAAAAUGUGGUUAUUAAAUAGUUUCUUUACUUUU